GACAUGGAGAAUAAAGAAACCCUCAGGGGGUUGCAGAAGAUGGAUGACCGCCCAGAAGAGCGCAUGAUUCGGGAGAAACUCAAGGCGACGUGUAUGCCAGCCUGGAAGCAUGAAUGGCUGGAAAGAAGAAGCAGGAGAGGCCCUGUAGUGGUGAAACCUAUCCUCGGGAAAGGAGAUGGAUUGGAAAUGAACAAACUCUCUCUAGAACCUCAAGCUGAAGGACAAAGCACUGCUGCUUCACCUACACAGAAAGGAAGACGUAGUCCUUCUCCUAGUAGCUCCUCCUCCUCAUCUUCUAGGACAGUUAAAUCUGAAUCACCGGGCGUUAGACGAAAACGGGUAUCUCCGGUGCCUUUUCAGAGUGGACGAAUAACACCACCUCGACGAGCCCCGUCUCCUGAUGGCUUCUCUCCAUACAGCCCUGAGGAAACAAAUCGUCGUGUCAACAAAGUUAUGCGAGCCAGGCUGUACUUGCUGCAGCAGAUAGGACCCAACUCUUUCUUAAUUGGAGGAGACAGCCCUGAUAAUAAAUACAGAGUGUUUAUUGGGCCUCAGACUUGUAGCUGUGGCCGUGGGACAUUUUGUAUUCAUCUGCUGUUUGUUAUGCUGCGAGUAUUCCAGCUUGAACCCUCAGACCCAAUGCUCUGGAGAAAGACACUGAAGAACUUUGAGGUUGAGAGUUUGUUCCAGAAAUAUCACAGUAGGCGUAGCUCGAGGAUCAAAGCUCCAUCUCGUAACACCAUCCAGAAGUUUGUCUCACGCAUGUCAAAUUCUCAUACAUUGUCAUCAUCUAGUACUUCUACAUCUAGUUCAGAAAACAGUAUGAAGGAUGAAGAAGAGCAGAUGUGCCCCAUUUGUUUGUUAGGCAUGCUGGAUGAAGAGAGCCUAACUGUGUGUGAAGAUGGCUGCAGGAAUAAAUUACACCACCACUGCAUGUCAAUAUGGGCAGAAGAAUGCAGAAGAAACAGAGAGCCUCUUAUAUGUCCUCUUUGUAGAUCUAAAUGGAGAUCUCAUGAUUUCUAUAGGUAAGGAUUCAGUCUGCCUCUAAGAUCAUCAACCUGUUCCAGUGCCCAGCAGCAAACUCAGCAGCAAUCUGCAGCUGGAUCACAGAGAAGAACCCAAGACAGCAGUUUUAACCUUACUCAUUAUGGGGUCCAGCAGAUCCCUUCUGCCUAUAAAGAUUUAGCUGACCCAUGGAUUCAGGUGUUUGGAAUGGAGUUAGUUGGCUGCUUGUUUUCUCGAAACUGGAAUAUACGAGAGAUGGCACUUAGGCGUCUUUCCCAUGAUGUCAGUGGGGCUCUGUUACUGGCUAAUGGUGAAAGCACUGGAAAUUCUGGAAGCAGCAAUGGAAACAACACAAGUACUGGAGCUCUGGGUGCAGCUAGUGGGUCAUCUCAGACCAGUAUCUCAGGAGAUGUGGUGGUGGAAUCCUGCUGCAGUGUGCUGUCCAUGGUCUGUGCCGACCCUGUCUACAAAGUGUAUGUUGCUGCUUUAAAAACUUUAAGAGCCAUGCUGGUAUAUACUCCCUGUCAUACUUUGGCAGAAAGGACUAAACUACAGCGACUUCUCAAGCCAGUUGUAGAGACAAUAUUAGUUAAAUGUGCAGAUGCCAACAGUCGAACAAGUCAGCUUUCAGUCUCAACGCUAUUGGAGAUGUGUAAAGGCCAAGCAGGCGAGCUGGCAGUUGGGAGAGAAAUACUUAAAUCUGGGUCCAUUGGUAUUGGUGGUGUUGAUUAUGUCUUAAAAUGUAUUCUUGGAACCCAAACUGAAUCUAGCAACUGGCAAGCACUACUGGGGCGACUUUGUCUAAUAGACAGACUUCUGUUGGAAUUUCCUGGUGAAUUUUAUCCCCACAUUGUCUGUGGAGAUGUCUUACAGGCUGAUACUGUAGUAGACAGGUAUAAUAAACUUCUGUCCCUCUUAACUUUUGCCGUGCAGUCAAUUGACAAUUCCCACUCAAUGGUUGGUAAACUAUCACGGAGAGUAUUUUUGAGUGCAGCAAGAAUGGUGGCCAGAGUGCCCCAUGUUUUUGUAAAGCUGUUAGAAAUGUUGAGUAUGACGAGCUCGAGUCAUUACGCAAGGAUGCGUCGACGUCUGAUGGCAAUAGCAGAUGAAAUGGAAAUUGCAGAAGCCAUCCAGCUAGGCAUGGCAGAAAUGCACUCUGGGGAAUGUCAACAUGAGGACUUUUUGCAGCUGCCUGUGCCAGAUAACUCUCCAGAAGCUACAGAAAGUAAUACUCCUGACAAUACUGUCCAGUUAUCAGGGAAGAGUGGGAAAGGUUUAAGUGAUAAAAAACAGAGUGCCAGUCCAGAGGACAUUUCUGAGACUCUGGCUGGCCUUGCUGUGGGACUUCCUGUUUCAUCAGUAACCACUGAGCAACCAAAGCCAGCCAUUCAAACAAAAGGAAAGCCCCACAGUCAGUGUUUGAACUCUUCUCCCUCAUCCAGUCAUUCCCAGUCACUAUUCCCAACGCUUCUGUCUCCUUCAAACCCAUCUGUACCAGCUGGCACUGUAACAGAUGUCUCUAAACUCAGACCUCAGGGAUUCGUUCCCUGCAAAAUCCCCUCACCUUCUCCUCAAACACAGCGGAAACUUUCUCUCCAGUUUCAGAGAAACUGUUCUGAAAAUAAAGAAUCAGAGAAACUUUCUCCAGUUUUCACCCAAGCCAGGCCAUUGCCAUCCAGUCACAUACACAGGCCGAAGCCAUCACGACCCAACCCAAGUGAUGUGAACAAGCAGGGAGAGACCUCAAAAAACAGUAUGACACUUGACCUGAAUGAUAUUUCACAGUGUGAUGGCAAUAGGAGUAGUAGUAGCAGUGCAGUUAUACCAAGUGAAGAGACAGUGUUCACACCAGUAGAUGAAAAAUGUCGACUGGAUGUUAAUGCAGAGCUCAAUUCCAGUAUUGAGGAUCUACUGGAGGCCUCCAUGCCGUCGAGUGAUGGCACAGUGACAUUCAAGUCUGAAGUUGCAGUGCUUUCUCCUGAGCGGGCAGAAAAUGAUGAUACAUACAAAGAUGAUGUAAAUCAUAAUCAAAAAUGCAAGGAAAAGAUGGAAGCUGAAGAGGAGGAAGCUUUAGCUAUUGCUAUGGCAAUGUCAGCAUCUCAAGAUGCCCUGCCAAUAAUUCCCCAACUACAGGUCGAAAAUGGUGAAGAUAUUUUGUAAAGCAGUGCUGUUACACCAGAAACCCUGCCUGGACAUACCAAAGCAAAACACCAUUACAGAGAAGACGCGGAAUGGCUUAAAGGUCAGCAGAUUGGUCUUGGAGCUUUCUCUUCCUGUUACCAAGCUCAAGAUGUAGGAACGGGGACAUUAAUGGCUGUAAAACAGGUGACGUAUGUCAGGAACACAUCAUCUGAGCAAGAAGAGGUAGUUGAAGCACUGAGAGAAGAAAUAAGGAUGAUGAGUCAUCUAAACCAUCCUAACAUCAUUCGAAUGUUGGGCGCUACAUGCGAGAAGAGCAACUAUAACCUCUUUAUUGAAUGGAUGGCAGGGGGUUCAGUUGCUCAUUUGUUAAGUAAAUACGGAGCCUUCAAAGAAUCGGUUAUUAUUAAUUACACAGAACAACUGUUACGUGGCCUUUCUUUCCUCCAUGAGAAUCAGAUAAUCCAUAGAGAUGUUAAAGGUGCCAAUUUGCUAAUUGACAGCACAGGUCAUAGAUUAAGAAUUGCUGAUUUUGGAGCUGCAGCCAGGUUGGCAUCAAAAGGAACUGGUGCUGGGGAGUUUCAGGGACAGUUGUUGGGAACUAUUGCAUUUAUGGCACCGGAGGUUCUGAGAGGUCAGCAAUAUGGUAGGAGCUGCGAUGUGUGGAGCGUUGGCUGUGUUGUUAUGAAAAAAAAAAAAAAACACCCCAAUCAUCUUGCUCUGAUAUUUAAGAUUGCUAGUGCAACUACUGCUCCAUCAAUCCCUACACAUCUGUCUCCUGGCUUGAAAGAUGUGACUCUUCGGUGUUUAGAACUUCAACCUCAGGACAGACCCCCAUCAAGGGAGCUGCUGAAACACCCAGUCUUCCGUACUACAUGGUAGCUACUUAUGUAUAAGGCUGAUAUACUGAAGAAGAUGCUACUGAAUAUAGAAUAGCUGCCUUGCAGUGCAGUUAAGCACAGCAAAUUGUAUUAUUCUGCUGGCCUUAAUGAUAGAUACAUCAUGGACUUAGGGCCAGUGGAGGACCUUUACCUAAGUAUGUGAUUGACAAAUCGAGAUCUGGUACCUAAGCUCAGUAUGCAACACU